AUAUUACAAACAAGGAGAUGAACAUGUAUCAGAGGGUGCACCUCUGUAUUCAUGAAAGGAGUCUGUUCAGGCCAGAAUACCAGGUAUCACCCCAGCUAACCCUAUUCACAGACACAAAGGGGUGCCAUUGCUGGAGAGCAGGUCAGAAUCCAGCCUAGGGUCAUACAAUGCAUUUAGUUGUUGUGUCCUUUAAGUCUCCUUUAAUCUGUAAACAUUCCUCAGCCUUUUUUUUCCUUUCAUAACUUCGACAUUCUUGACACUCUGGAGGAACACAGGCCAAUUGUUUAUAGGAUGUCUCUCAGUUGGGGUUUGUCUGAAGCCUUGUCAUGAUUACAUUCAGUUUUGGCUGGCCCAGGCUUGAACCCGCCACCCCCGGUAUAUGGGGCCGGUGCUCCACUCCUUCACCGCCUCUUCAGCUGCUGCAUGGAUAGUAAACUAUAUAGCACAAGGUGAAGCCUGAGCGCUCAAAUGGCCAACACCACCGAGCUGAAAGCCUCAGAAGUCGCAGGCUCGGUCGGAUUGAUCCUGGCGGCCGUCGUGGAAGUGGGGGCACUGCUGGGCAACGGCGCACUGCUGGUUGUGGUGCUGCGUACACCAGGACUGCGCGACGCAUUCUACCUGGUGCACUUGUGCGUUGUGGACCUGCUAGCGGCCGCCUCCAUCAUGCCCCUGGGCCUGCUGGCCGCACCACCGCCUGGGCUGGGCAGCGUGCGCCUGGGCCCCGCACCGUGCCGCGCUGCCCGCUUCCUCUCCGCUGCGCUGCUGCCCGCCUGCACGCUCGGUGUGGCCGCACUUGGCCUAGCUCGCUACCGCCUCAUAGUGCACCCGCUGCGGCCAGGUUCGCGGCCGCCGCCUGUGCUCGUGCUCACCGCCGUGUGGGCCGCUGCCGGGUUGCUGGGCGCGCUCUCUUUGCUCGGGCCGCCACCCGCACCGCCCCCUGAGCCGGCUCGCUGCUCCGUCCUGGCCGGGGGUCUUGGGCCCUUCCGCCCGCUGUGGGCACUGCUGGCCUUCGCGCUGCCCGCCCUCCUGCUGCUUGGUGCCUAUGGCAGCAUCUUCGUUGUGGCGCGCCGCGCUGCCCUCCGCCCCCCGCGGCCAGCCCUCCGGGCCCGUCUACGCUCCGACUCCCUGGAUAGCCGCCUCUCAAUCUUGCCGCCCCUCCGGCCUCGCUUGCCCGGGGGCAAAGCAGCCCUGGCCCCAGCGCUGGCAGUGGGCCAAUUUGUAGCCUGCUGGCUGCCCUAUGGCUGCGCGUGCCUGGCGCCGGCAGCGCUGGCCGCAGAGGUAGAGGCAGCUGUCACCUGGGUAGCCUACUCGGCCUUCGCAGCUCACCCCUUCCUGUAUGGCCUGCUGCAGCGCCCCGUGCGCUUGACUCUGGGCCGCCUCACCCGCCGCGCAAUGCCUAGGUCCCCCUGGGCUUGUACUCCGCAGGCCUGGCACCCGAGGGCACUCUUGCACUGCCUCCAGGGACCCCCAGACGGCCCUGCCUUAGGCCCUUCUGGGGAACCAGAACAGGCUCCGGAGUUGACAGGAGGGCAGAGCCUGAACAUGCCCAAGGCCACCUGAGAGCCACCCUUUCUCCUUCGUGAGCUUGAGAAAAUAGGUGGUAUCAGAGGCAGAGCCCAUCCAGCCCUCUGGCAACAGGUGCCUGCCAGGGCUUCUGGCUCUGGAACAUGAGAAAGGGUGCCUGCAGCCUGGUGAGGCCCAGAGGCUUCUGAGAGCCAGGAAUCCUGGGUUCUGGGCUCAACAUAGCAUGACCUUGUGCAUAGAUCUACCCUUCCUUAGGCCUCAGUUUUCCUGUCUGUACACUGCACCAUCUCUAAUGGGCCCGCCCAUCAUAGAUGGUUUGUGAAAUUCAUGGAUGGUCUGCAGGCCAAGGGAAGAGAGAAAGUGGGCAUCACAGAGAAGAGAACCCUAAAGGCUCACAAAGAGAUGGUCCAAGUAGGGCCGGGUCUGGGCUACAACCACAGCAGGAGGAACCAGUGGAAAGACUCCAAAGGACUUCUCUGGCAUCUGUACCAACCAGAAGCUGGACAAAGCUACUAAAACUCCUAUAUCUGCUUCUAAAAUGCCCAGAAAACAACUAGAUCAGUUUGGUGCUAGAAGCAGGAAGCUGGAUGACGACCUGCAAAGGGCCCUGACACCUGAGAAAUGAUAUAUGAAAGGGGCUGAGGCCCAAUUGUGGUUGGUGGAUUCACA